GGGAGUGGGUGGAGAGAACUAAGCUUUCUGCGAGGUGGAUGGAGUGACUAUUUAGCAGUCGCCACAUCGUAGCGCUUGCCCCCUGGAUCAUCCUUGGCUUGCAAGCUGAGAUCGAGCUUCAUCCGGCAAAUCACCCUGUUUCUCACCAGCUCUUCACUGAUAGCAUCUCUGCCAUUCCUCACGAUGUUGUCACUUCGCCAAAGCUACCUUUUAGCCUGCACCGUCCUAGGCGUCGCAGCGGUGCCCUACAACACGUUCGACGGCGUAGGGUUCCCCGCCUGUAACGAUGUCGCCGCCGUGUACAAUGUCACCAGCGUCGACGAGAUGGUUCAGAUCGUCAAAGAUGCGGCUGCGAAUGGGACGCCGGUGAGGGCAUCGGGAAAGGGGCACAUGUGGUACGAUACUAUGUGCCAGGACGACCCCAACACCAUCAUCAUCCACACCGAGGAGGCAAACCAGAUCACCGAGUUCAGUCUCGAGGAGGGCGCAGCAUCGGGCUCGGUCGUCAUGGAGGCCGGUGUCACCUUCUUGCAACUGGCCGAGUACCUCCACGAGCGCAAUGCUUCGAUGGGGUAUACGCUGGUGAACUGGAACAUUACCAUGGCCGGCGCCGUCGCCAUGGGGGCCCAUCGAUCGUCCAUUCGUGAAGAUUCCAUGGUUGCUGCAGGUGUGCUUUCGAUGGACAUCAUAAACGGAAACGGUGACAUUGUCACGCUCGACAGGGACAACACCAACGAUGACUGGCUUGCUGCCUCGACGUCUUUGGGUCUGCUUGGUGUUAUUGCCAGGUUGAAGUUCAAGAUUUACCCAGACUUCAAGGUCUAUGCUCAGCAACUGACGCUCGAGGAAGAUGACGUCCUGAACGGAGACAUCUACAACAUGAUCGCCCCGUAUGCCACGGCCAACUUCUGGUGGUGGCCCUACCUAAAGAAGUUCCAUUGGCGCACCUACGACGUGAUCCCCACCAACAAAAGCGACCAGCAAGGCUUCCAAAACACCUUCUCCGUAACGGAGCUCGAAGGCAACACGGCGCGUACCAUCCUUGACAGCGGCAAAUAUCUGGCCACCUCCAACAUGCUCAUGGAAUCCAUCUUCUUCGGACAAUGGUCGGAACCCAACUUCCACGAGAAGACGACAGACGAGAAAAUCACCGACUGGCCCGUCUACGGUUGGAACUACGACGUGCUCAUUGGCGGCUUGUACCCGGGCCAGCAGCCCGAGUGGGACUACAACCUACACGGCAUGACGCUCGAGCUCGCCUUUCCCAUCAUCAUGGCCAACGAUAUGCUGAAGCGCGUGCGGGAGCUCUUCGACGCCGAGUGGACCGAGAGGGGCAUCAUCAUGACGAGCACCUACCGCAGCGGCAUAAACAUCAAGUUCGGAAAGCCCUAUUAUGAUCUCCUGGGCCAGGUCACGUACGAUACAAGCGAUGGCGCCGAUUGGUCCAAGGGCGCUAUCAUGUUUGAUUUUCCCAGCUUUAAGCCGACUAUUGGGGAUAAGAAGCGGUUCAAUGAGGAGUUUUACCCAAGGCUAGCCAAGACGCUUGUCGAAGAGUUCCCCUGCCGCCCCCACUGGACCAAGAACACGCGUGAGGUAUAUGGCAACGCGACCAAGAACAUUGACCCCGAUCAUCUGGCGCGGUUCAAGGUCGUAAGGGAGAAGUUUGACCCUAACGGUAUCUUCAAGAGCAUCAUCGGGGAGAUUCUGGGGCUCUAUGAUUAAGGAGGUUCUGCACCAGUUGGACUAGAACCGGGCGGCAUAUGCCUAUUUCAGUGUAUAUACUUGACGGUUUCGAUACGGGAUGUUUAU